GCGGCAGCGGCUGGGGAGGCGGCGGCCUGGCCUGGCCUGGCCUGUCAGGGCGCGGGCGGCGGCGGUCCAGCACCAUGUCCCUGCAGUACGGGGCAGAAGAGCCGCCCCUCGCCGGCAGUUACGGCGCGGCGGAUUCGUUCCCUAAGGACUUCGGCUACGGCGUGGAAGAAGAGGAAGAGGAGGCGGCGGCGGCGGGCGGCGGCGGCGGGGCGGGGGCUGGCGGUGGCUGUGGCCCGGGGGGCGCUGAGAGCUCCAAGCCGAGAAUUCUGCUCAUGGGGCUGAGACGCAGCGGCAAGUCCUCCAUCCAGAAGGUGGUGUUUCAUAAGAUGUCACCCAAUGAGACUCUCUUCUUGGAAAGUACCAACAAGAUUUAUAAAGACGACAUUUCCAAUAGUUCCUUUGUGAAUUUCCAGAUUUGGGAUUUUCCUGGGCAAAUGGACUUUUUUGACCCAACUUUUGAUUAUGAAAUGAUCUUCAGGGGAACAGGAGCAUUAAUAUAUGUCAUUGAUGCACAGGAUGACUACAUGGAAGCUUUAACAAGACUUCACAUUACUGUUUCAAAAGCCUACAAAGUUAACCCAGAUAUGAAUUUUGAGGUUUUUAUUCACAAAGUUGAUGGUCUGUCUGAUGACCACAAAAUAGAAACACAGAGGGACAUUCAUCAAAGGGCCAAUGAUGACCUUGCUGAUGCUGGGCUAGAAAAACUUCACCUUAGUUUUUAUUUGACUAGUAUCUAUGACCACUCAAUAUUUGAAGCCUUCAGCAAGGUGGUGCAAAAGCUCAUUCCACAACUGCCAACCUUGGAAAACCUAUUAAAUAUCUUCAUAUCAAAUUCAGGUAUUGAAAAAGCCUUUCUCUUUGAUGUUGUCAGCAAAAUCUACAUCGCAACCGACAGUUCUCCUGUGGAUAUGCAGUCUUAUGAACUUUGCUGUGACAUGAUUGAUGUUGUAAUUGAUGUGUCUUGUAUAUACGGGCUAAAGGAAGAUGGAAGUGGAAGUGCUUAUGACAAGGAAUCCAUGGCAAUUAUCAAGCUGAAUAAUACAACUGUCCUUUAUUUAAAGGAGGUGACUAAAUUUUUGGCACUGGUCUGCAUUCUUAGGGAAGAGAGCUUUGAACGAAAAGGUUUGAUAGAUUACAACUUCCACUGCUUCCGAAAAGCUAUUCAUGAGGUUUUUGAAGUGGGUGUGACUUCUCACAGGAGCUGUGUUCACCAGAGCAGUGUCCCCAGCCUGAAAGCAUUGGCACACAAUGGCACGCCACGGAAUGCCAUCUAGUCUGAAUCCCAGCAAUUGAGGCUUGGUGCCAGCUUACUCCUCACUCCAGGGUCAGAUGCCACGUGCUACAGGACAUGGGAGCUGCUGCUUGUGGGAGCCUGGUGCCUGUCUGACUGGAGGCUAGGCAUAGAGGGUCUCAUUUGGAUGAAAACCCUUUCAGCCGGCAGUGUUCAACUAAAGCUACUAUUUCUUUCUUUUUAAAAAAUUAGUUCUUUGAGGCCUCAGAACUCAAAUAUGUUUUUCUCUUUUUUGGUCCUACUUCAAGUAAUUGGAUAUUUUGGACCAGGAGGUAACAUCAGUUCCCUAGCCUUUCCAGGGAAUACUGUUGUCAAUUCCAGCUGAAAAUAAUACAGAAACUGAGUUUUAUAUGCUUCCCUUAAGUUUUCAUUUGAUUGGUUUCUAAAAACCCUGCUUUGCUUACCUUCUAACACUGCCUCUCAGAUCUCAGUUUGGAAAUUGCAUACGUAAGGCCUUUUAAAUUCAUUCACUUGCUCACUCAGAAGAUGCGUUGUCUGACUGAAGCAAAGGACAUUCCUGUAUUUGUGAGGAAGGAAUGAGAGGAGAUUGUGUGCCGCGUCGAGUGGAGAGCAAGGCUCAGUACAGGCUGCAUUGGUUCCCCUGGGAAUGUUAAGGAAAAAACUUUUUAAACAAAAUUUCUGCACCUGCGUUUUGGGUACCAGAUGUGUGGGUUCUUCUGCACUUGAUAAAUGACCAUGCACAAUGUAACAAAGGGAAUUUAAGAUGAGGUAGUUCUCCUGCAGUCCUCUUGUAGGGGAGAAACUCAUGACCCUGAAAUAUCCAGCCCACUUUUCUUUUAACCUUGAUAUCAACUUCUGCAUCCCUUCAUUUGUGAACUAUGUAGAUUCUUUUAAGAACUGCUGUUUGUUGACUAGGAAUGGCCCCACGGCACUAGUGGACCAUCCACUGGGGUUGGAGAGAGUGUGGUGCCACAACUUGUGUUGUUUUACACUUUGUCUCCAGUAUUUUGACACCACGUGUCAACUGUGGUACUUUGCCUAGAAUUUGAAUUCAAUAACUGUUCCUUUUUGUUGAUGGUUGAUACCCCCUCCAUUGAUUUCAACUUAACACGUUAUUUUUACGCCACCUGCUCAGUCAUGUAUAUUCCAAAGCCACUGGACCACUUGAGUACAUAAGUGCCACUGUUGAAUGAGAUCUAUAUAUCCAGGUCAGUAACCUAACAGUGUGACUUGGAGUGCUUCCUGCAGAUGACUCUGACUGUUGAGUAUUUACAUGGACCAUAGUGAUAUCCAAAAGAAAAAUGCUUUUAUAUUUAUAGAUUAUUUCAUUGAACUAUAUAUAAAAUGGGUAUCAAUAAAUGUAUUUACUCCAAAA